AUGGGAGAGGUUGAUCCAGCUUUCAUCCAAGAACCUGAACACAGGCCAAGAAUCUCCUACAUAGAAGGCAAAGGUGUCCCACUAAUCGAUCUGUCUCCAAUACGCUCCUCCAACAAUGUUUCCGCCAUUGAAUUUGAAGGCCUUGUUAAAGAGGUAGGCAAUGCAUGCAAGGACUGGGGAUUCUUCCAGGUGAUCAAUCAUGGGGUGCCUUUGGAGAAGCGCCAGAAGAUUGAUGGUGCCUCGAGAAAAUUCUUUGCGCAGAGUUUGGAGGAGAAGAGGAAGGUGAGGAGGAAUGAGAAGGAGGUGACAGGUUACUUUGACACAGAACAUACCAAGAAUGUUAGGGACUGGAAAGAAGUCUUUGAUUUUACUAUAGAGGAACCCACUAUAGUCCCUGCCUCGCAUGAGCCUGAUGACAAGGAAGUCACUGAAUGGAAUAAUCAGUGGCCUGAGUACCCUCCCGAAUUAAGGGAGACAUGCCAAGAGUAUGGUCAAGAGAUGGUAAAACUAGCUUACAAGUUAUUGGAACUUAUUGCUCUAUCCCUAGACUUGCCAGCAGAUAGGUUCCAUGGCUUCUUCAAAGAUCAGACCAGCUUCAUGCGAGUAAAUCACUAUCCACCUUGCCCUACUCCUGAGUUAGCGCUUGGUGUCGGUCGGCACAAGGAUGCUGGUGCCUUAACCAUCCUUGCUCAAGAUGAUGUUGGAGGAUUGGAAGUGAAGCAGAAAACAGAUGGAGAGUGGGUUCGGGUCAAACCCACCCCAGAUGCUUAUAUCAUCAAUGUUGGUGACAUUAUUCAGGUUUGGAGCAAUGACAAGUAUGAGAGUGUGGAGCACAGGGUGAUGGUUAACUCAGAGAGGGAAAGGUUCUCUCUUCCAUUUAUCUUCAACCCGGCACACUACACCAUGGUCAAGCCCUUAGAGGAGCUAACAAAUGAGCAAAACCCUGCAAAAUAUAAGGCAUACAAUUGGGGCAAGUUUAUAACCACCAGAAAGCGCAGUAAUUUCCAAAAACUUAAUGUUGAAAAUAUCCAAAUUUAUCAUUUCAAGAAAUCAAAUUAA